CACUAAACUAACAUAUCCUCGUUUCAUCAAGUUGAUGAAGUUUCACACGCACACCCAUAUUACUUUUAUAUAUAUACACACACAUCACACACUAAACACAUCCAUAAACACACACACACACACACAAAUAGGACCACAAAAUGGAGAAGAUUCCUUACUACUUUUUCUUCUUUGCUUUUGCACUCACAUUUUUUAUCAACACUUCAUCAAUUUGCUCAGCCACACUAACACCUUUAAACUCUACCACAGAUCAAGAAGCACUAGUUGCCUUCAAAAACUCCAUCACUUUAAACCCUAGUGGCAUUUUAGCAAAUAAUUGGUCCACAACAAUCAAUUCAACUUCAUCCAUCAACAUUUGUUCUUGGAUUGGCAUAUCUUGCACCACCAAACACCAAAGAGUCACAACCCUAAACAUCUCCGGUUUUCGAAUCUCCGGAAAGCUCCCUCCGCAACUCGUCAACUUAACUUUCCUCAGAGUUUUCGACGUAAGUUCGAACGGUUUCACGGGAGAAAUCCCCUCGUGGAUAGGAAGUCUACCCCGGCUCGAGAUACUCGAUUUGAACAACAACUCUUUCGGUGGAACCGUGCCGAAGUCUUUGUUCGAUUCGUCGAGGCUCAAAAGCUUGGAUUUGAGUUACAACCUUCUUAGUGGGACCAUACCAAAGGAGAUUGGCAAUAGUAAUUCUUCUUCAUUGGAAGAGUUGAGUUUGAUGUUUAACCAUUUUCAUGGCAGAAUUCCUAGUGGGAUUGGAAAUUUGAAAAUGCUUAAGAUGCUAUUGCUUGGAGUCAACGAUUUCGAAGGAGGGGUUCCGGUGGAAAUCGGAAAUCUUUCGCGGUUAGAGGUAUUAAGCAUUCACGGAGCCUCUCUAACCGGAAACAUUCCAUCUUCGAUAUUCAAUAUUUCUUCAUUGGUAUAUUUGGACCUCUCCAACAACAGUCUUUCCGGAAGCUUCCCAAAUAUCGAGACUUUUCGCGGUGUAUCGAACAUUCGAAGGUUGUUUCUUCAUGGGAAUCUUCUUAGCGGGCCCAUUGACUCUACCUUAUUCGAAUCGAAAAACCUCGUUAGUUUGGUGUUGACUAGUAACAGAUUCACAGGGAAUAUUCCCAAGCAAAUUGGGAACAUCACUUCCUUGAAAUAUUUGUACCUUGAUAAUAACUACUUCACAGGUGAAUUUCCGAAGGAGCUUGCUAAUCUGGGAUCGCUCGAGUUCUUGACCGUGCGCAACAAUUCCUUAUCCGGUUCGAUCCCGUCAUCCAUUUUCAACAUAUCAACCCUAAGGAUCUUAGAUCUUUCGACCAAUCAAUUCUCCGGAAAUCUCCCUUCCGAUAUAGCAAAUUUCCCGGGUUUCAACAUCCAACAACUCUUUUUGUACUACAAUGCUCUAGGUGGCGAAAUCCCAACUUCCAUAUCGAAUGCUUCUACACUCACUAUCUUGGACAUGAAUAGCAACUCGUUCACCGGAUUCGUACCAAACUUCGGUAAUCUAAGAAACUUGAAUUUCCUCGAUUUUUGGGGUAAUAACUUGACAUCGAAUGAUCAAGAAAUGAGCUUCAUCACUUCAUUAACCAAUUGCCAAUACUUGCAAGUGUUGGACAUCUCGUUCAAUCCUCUAAACGGGUUUUUCCCGUCUUCUAUCGGGAAUCUAUCGACUUCUCUUCGUAUAUUCAGGGCGUUCAAUAGCAGCAUUCACGGUGUCAUCCCUCCGGGAAUCGGGAACUUGAGCAGCUUGCAAUACGCGCAUUUAUCGGAAAAUAAGUUCAUAGGCUCCAUCCCACAAACAAUCGGGAAUUUGAAGCAGCUCCAAAGAUUGUAUCUUGAUGAAAAUCGACUCCAAGGGUAUAUUAGUACUGAUAUUUGCGAGACGAGUAAAUUGGGAGAUUUGAAUUUGAGAGGCAAUUCGUUGAUCGGUCCAAUACCCGAAUGUCUCGGCGAACUCAAGUCCUUAAGGUAUUUAUAUUUGGCCUCAAACAACCUUAAUUCCACUAUACCUACAAACUUGUGGAAUCUAGUAGAUAUUUUGGCUUUAGAUUUGUCUUCAAACAAUUUGAGUGGUCAAAUUCCAUCUCAAAUUGGGAGAUUUAAAUCCAUAAACCAAUUAGACUUGUCUUCUAAUCGGUUUUCGGGUGAUAUUCCAAUCUCAAUCGAUGGUUGUCAGUCGUUGGAAACCUUAUCUUUAUCGAACAACAUGUUUGAAGGAUCCAUUCCUCAAUCAUUUGGAAACAUUAAAAGCUUGAUGAGAUUGGAUUUGUCGAACAAUUCUCUAUCGGGAUCGAUCCCAAACUCAUUAGAAUCGCUCCCAUUUCUUCGGUAUUUCAAUGUGUCUUACAACAGACUAGAAGGAGAGAUUCCUACUAAGGGCACUUUCGUCAACUUCACCGCUAAUUCAUUCAUCGAGAACUACGCUCUUUGUGGUAACGAAACAAGAUUUGAGGUUCCUCCUUGCGUCAAGAAUCACGGAAGAUUGAAAUCGAAUUAUGCAGUUAAGUUGAUGAAGUAUAUCUUGCCUCCCUUUGUUUCGAUUAUCCUUCUAGCGACCGUCGUUCUUACAAUCGUAUAUACGCGAAGAAAACCGAAGAAAACACCAUCUCCACCUAUACUUGCACUUGAUUUUGCAUGGAGAGUAAUUUCAUACAGAGAACUUGUAAAGGGAACCGAUUCUUUCAACGAAAAUAACAUUCUCGGAAAAGGGAGCUUCGGUACGGUAUUCAAAGGGACUCUUCACGACGGUUUAAACAUUGCCGUAAAAGUCUUCAAUUCCCAAUCGGAAAGAGCCGUAAAGAGCUUCGACACCGAAAGCGAAAUACUAAGCAGCAUUCGUCAUAGGAACUUGGUUCGAAUAAUCGGUUGUUGUAGUAACACGGAGUUCAAGGCCUUGAUUCUCGAGUACAUGCCUAACGGGAGCCUUGAGAAAUGGUUGUAUUAUUCGAAGAAUCGGGGCUUGGAUUUGAUGCAAAGGCUGAAAAUAGCUAUUGAUGUUGCAUUGGCUUUGGAGUAUCUUCAUCAUUAUCAUACGUUUCCCGUUGUACACUGCGAUAUUAAGCCGAGCAACGUGUUGAUCGACGAAGAUAUGGUUGCUCGUGUUGGUGAUUUCGGUAUUUCGAAGCUAUUCGACCAUGGGGAGGUUGCGGUCCAAACCAAAACCAUUGCAACAAUCGGUUAUGCAGCACCAGAGUACGGAACGGAAGGAAAAGUCUCGACAAAAGGGGAUGUAUACAGCUACGGCGUGACAUUGAUGGAGAUGUUUACGGGGAAGAGGCCGACGAACGAGAUGUUCGGCGGAGAAAUGGGGUUGAAGGAGUGGGUGAGUGAAGCAUUACAAGAGAAUAAAGUAAGUGAAAUUGUGGCAAAUGGUUUGCUUGAGAGAGAAGAUGAGAAUUACUAUGCAAAAGAGGAAUGCAUUUCAUGUGUUUUUCACUUGGCAAUGAAAUGCUUAGCCUUUUCACCCCAUGAGAGAAUUGACAUGGUCGAAAUCGUGGCGGCUCUUCACAAGAUCAAAGCCAAAGUUCAUAAUCUAUAAGAACAUAAUAGUACUCGAAGAAAAAAAAAACGAGACGAGAGACUUUAUGAAAUAAAAUUGUGUACGAGUGUAUUGGUGGAGCCAGCAUAGGGCCAAGGGUGCUACGAUACCUCUAACAUUUCUCAAAUCCCUAUUAAUUUAUAUAAAAAUUUAAAAAAAUUGUGUACAAUAUGAUUAGCGGGCUAGCGCCCCCCUCUUAGAUUUUUUCUAAUGCAUUCUGCCCCCAAACUUAAAAUUCUGGUUUUGCCACUGUAUGAGAGGGACUUAGUUAAUACUCUAUUUGUUCCAUAAUAACGGUUACUUUGGAUGAAUAUUUAUGUUACAUAUUAUCUGUCACUUUAGAGUUUUGGAUACACAGUAUUGGAAAUAAGACAUCUGGAAAAUUUUCAA